UGCCCCCAUUGUGAAAAGAGUUUUCUUAAGAUGGGAGCUCUCAAAAAACACCAGGUGAUCCACUCAGAGGGGAAACCAUUUCAGUGCUCUGAUUGUGGAAAGCGUUUUAGUCACACUGGUAACCUCAACAGACACAAGAGGGUCCAUUCAGGGGAAAAACCAUAUCAGUGCUCUGAUUGUGGAAAGCGUUUUAGUCACACUGAUGACUUCAAGAGACACAAGAGGAUCCAUUCAGGGGAAAAACCAUUUCAAUGCUCUGAUUGUGGAAAGAGUUUUAGUCAAAUGAGCAAUCUCCGACAACACCAGAUGAGACACUCUGGGGAAAAGCCAUUUCAGUGCUCUGAUUGUGGAAAGCGUUUCAGUCAAAUGAGCAGUCUCAAUGUACACCGGAAGACACACUCUGGGGAAAAACCAUUUCAGUGCUCUGAUUGUGGAAAGCGUUUCAGUCGCACUCACAACCUCAAGACACACAAGAGGAUCCAUUCAGGGGAAAAACCAUAUCAAUGCUCUGAUUGUGGAAAGAGUUUUAGACAAAUGAGCAGUCUCAAUGUACACCGGAAGACACACUCUGGGGAAAAACCAUACCAGUGCUCUGAUUGUGGAAAGCGUUUCAGUCGCACUCACAACCUCAAGACACACAAGAGGAUCCAUUCAGGGGAAAAACCAUUUCAAUGCUCUGAUUGUGGAAAGAGUUUUAGUCAAAUGGGCAAUCUCCGACAACACCGUAUGAGACACUCUGGUGAAAAGCCAUUUCUGUGCUCUGAUUGUGGAAAGCGUUUUAAUCACACUGACGACCUCAAGAGACACAAGAGGAUCCAUACAGGGGAAAAACCAUAUCAAUGCUCUGAUUGUGGAAAGAGUUUUAGUCAAAGGAGCAGUCUCAAUGUACACCGGAAGAUCCACUCUGGGGAAAAACCAAGGUUGCUGCAAGUGUCCAGCACCACAGCAGUACCUUCAUUCGUCCUCUGCUACUUGUCAGAUGCAGGACCCCGGUCUUCCCAAUGUGGCCUCAACCUGCCUGUGGAGCAUGAAGAACCUCUCCCCCGUGGCCUCAACCUACCUAAGUAG